AUGCCCUUUUUCUUAAUAGUUUUUUUUUUCUUCCUGUGCAGUGAGAAAGAACCACGUCGUAUAAGAGAAGAUCCUCUUGCAUUCUUGUUUAAUAUGGGUUUAUAUUACCAAGGAACCGGAUGGCGUGGUUAUAAAGAUUAUAUUGGUACCAAGAUUCUUUAUCCUGGUUAUUCCGAAAAAAUGAGAUCCAUGGUCCUCGGUAGUAAGAAGGUACAAAGUAUCAUUGAUCAAUUGGCAGAUCGCCAAACCGAAUUACUGGCCAAUCAAAAGAACUGGAAUAAAGACGAUAAGCGUAUUGAGAAACAGAGAAAGGCAAUGAGAAAAGAGUUACAAGUGGUUGCCAAGGCCAUUGUUCAAAAGUGUGUAGCUACCGUGGACAGUAGUCGUACACUAAGAUUUUUUGCCUUUAUAGUCAACAAUAUUCUUGUGCGACUCUAUCACCAAGGUGUCCAUAUUAGAGAAAGUGAAUGGGUCGAGUUGAAAAGAGUAGCCAUUAUGGCCCAAGAAAAGAAACAGUCGCUGAUUUUUGUACCUUCACACAAAUCGCAUAUCGAUUACAUGGUAGUGUCUUAUUUGAUGUUCAGACUGGGAAUUCAAAUUCCUCAUAUCAUUGCUGGUGACAAUCUUGAUUUGCCCCUGAUCGGUAAAAUCCUGAAAUCCUCGGGUGCCGUCUAUAUCCGUCGAGAAUGGGGUAACGAUAUCAUGUACAAGACUAUUUUGGAAGAGUAUGUGGCCACCAUUUUAGCAGAAGGAUUGAAUUUUGAGUGCUUUGUAGAAGGCACACGUUCAAGAUUGGGAAAGUUACUUCAACCAAAACUGGGUAUUGUUAAAAUCAUUCUCGAUGCGUAUGUCGAUGGACGAUUCGAGGAUUGUCAUAUCGUGCCUAUUUCAUUGGGUUAUGACAAAAUUAUCGAAACAUCCAGUUACGCAACAGAAUUAUUAGGUGCACCCAAAGAGAAAGAAAGUUUAUGGGGUAUUUUAACCAAUAGCAGUCUAUUGCAAUUAAAAUGGGGCCGAGUAGAUGUGCGUGUGGGCAAACCUUAUUCUUUAAAGAAUUGGGUCGAUGAGCAAAUUCAAAUGAGAGGCCCGAUGGACCUUUCAGAUCAUAACCAGAAAUCCGUUUUGUUGAAAUCACUGGGUUAUAGAGUUUUAGCUGAUAUUAAUGCUAUUGCUGUUGUCAUGCCUUCCGCUUUGGUAGGUACCGUCAUCUUGACAUUGAGAGGUAGAGGUGUUGGCCGCAGUGAAUUGAUCCGUCGUGUCGAUUGGCUGAAGAAUGUCAUUGAAGCCAAAGGCGGUCAAGUCUCUGAAUUCAAUGAUAUGUCUACUGGAGAAAUUGUUGACAAAACUGUUGUCAUCCACAAGGAUCUUAUUGGCGAAAGAAAGGGUAAAGAUAUUGUGGAACCUACAUUCUAUCCCAUUGCAGCUUUCGAAUUAUCUUAUUACCGUAACCAAGUGAUUCACUUGUUUGUGGAAGAAGCCAUUGUAUGUGCUGCAUUAUACACGGUAGUGAAAAAGGGCGGCGGAAAGCCAUUACAGCGUAUGCAGUACAGUGAUCUGCUGGAUGAAAUCUCGUUCCUUUCUAGUCUGUUAAAGUUAGACAUGAUUUAUAAGCCUGGAGGCGUCGAGUCUAAUACAAAGCGCACCAUGCAAUGGCUUGCAGAUAACAAUGUGAUUGAAAUCGACAAAGAUGGCUGGGUUGGAUUAUCCGACAUGGAAAGACAGUGCGGCCGAGAAAAUUACGAUUUCCUUUGCUUUAUGAUUUGGCCGUUUAUUGAGUCUUAUUGGUUAGCAGCGAUUAGUUUGUUUACAUUGGCGCCGUCUGUUGCAGGUCAAGAGCCUAUUUGGGUGGAUAGUAAAUUAUUUGCGAAUCGAACGCAAUCAUUGGGUAAGACGCUGUAUUACCAAGGAGAUCUGAGUUAUUUGGAAGCCGUCAAUAAGGAAACUUUAAGUAAUGCUUUCACACGCUAUGAAGAACAGCACAUUUUGUUGAAAAGACGCCAUACUACACCCAAGACCUGGUCAGAGGUGGCUGUCAGUCCUGCUUAUACACCCGAACGCCAAAAUGGUAUCUUGAUACCAAGAGGACAUCUUUGGGAACUUGUCGAGAGAAUUGGCAAGUUUAGAAGAGAGGGUAAAAAUAGAAGAGAUAAUGCCACGGUGAGUACAAGAGUACUUCGCAUGGCGGAUAUUUUAGGUGAAGACAAUGCUAAAGAAAGAGCAGAUGCAAAGAAGAUUGUUGCUACUGAUAACAAGGCAAAGAUAUAA